AUGGCAGCACGGUUAAUGAAAGAGUACAAAGUAUUACAGAAUGAAACAUUUGAAGAUAUAUUAUUAUUCCCAAAGGAUGAAUCAGACUUGUAUCAAUGGUGUGCUGUUAUAAAGGGUCCACCAGAUACACCAUAUGAAGGUGGUAACUUUGAACUCUCUAUUCAAGUACCUUCAAACUAUCCUCUUCAACCUCCAACCGUUAAAUUUAUCACUAAAGUAUUCCAUCCAAAUAUUCAUUUCAAGACAGGAGAAAUUUGUUUGGAUUUAUUAAAAACUUCAUGGUCAGCUGUUUAUACAUUACAGUCUGUUUGUAGAUCUAUUAUUGCACUUUUGGCACAUCCAGAGGCUGACAGUCCACUUAAUUGCGAUGCUGGUAAUUUAAUUAGAAAUGGAGAUCAAAAAGGACAUGAUUCUCUUGCAAAAAUGUACACUAGAAUUUAUUCUUAA